UUCUCCGAGUGCCAGCCCGGUUCGGUUCAGUUGCUGUCCAGACCCGGGUUGGCGUGAGGGUUCGCUCCCGUUAUUCUUCUAUAGCUCGCCCGCCCGUCUGAGCGCCCCCAGCCCUCAAGCGAGGGCGCCCCGGGACGGAAGGAUCCACCAGCCUGUCGGAGCCCGCUGUGCUCGUGGUCGCCGUCGCCGUCGCCGUUGUGGUAGUCUCCGCCGUCGCCUGGGCCAUGGCCAAUUACAUCCACGUCCCGCCCGGCUCCCCGGAGGUGCCCAAGCUGAAUGUCACGGUUCAGGAUCAGGAGGAGCAGCGUUGCCGGGAGGGGGCCCUGAGCCUCCUGCAGCACCUGCGGCCGCACUGGGACCCCCAGGAGGUGACCCUGCAGCUUUUCACAGAUGGAAUCACAAAUAAACUUAUUGGCUGCUAUGUGGGUAACACAAUGGAGGAUGUAGUCCUGGUGAGAAUUUACGGCAAUAAGACUGAGUUGUUGGUUGAUCGAGAUGAGGAAGUGAAGAGUUUUCGAGUGCUGCAGGCACAUGGCUGUGCACCACAACUCUACUGUACCUUCAAUAAUGGACUGUGCUAUGAAUUUAUACAGGGAGAGGCCCUGGAUCCAAAGCAUGUCUGCAAUCCAGCCAUUUUCAGGCUAAUAGCUCGUCAGCUUGCUAAAAUUCAUGCAAUACAUGCACAUAACGGUUGGAUCCCCAAAUCUAAUCUAUGGCUAAAGAUGGGAAAAUAUUUCUCUCUCAUUCCUACAGGAUUUGCAGAUGAAGACAUUAAUAAAAGGUUCCUAAGUGAUAUCCCAAGUACUCAGAUUCUUCAAGAAGAGAUGACUUGGAUGAAGGAGAUGCUUUCCAACCUGGGCUCACCAGUUGUGCUUUGCCAUAAUGACCUAUUGUGUAAGAAUAUAAUCUACAAUGAGAAACAAGGUGAUGUACAGUUCAUUGAUUAUGAAUAUUCUGGAUAUAACUACCUGGCAUAUGAUAUUGGGAAUCAUUUCAAUGAAUUUGCAGGUGUGAGUGAUGUAGAUUAUAGUCUCUAUCCAAAUAGAGACCUACAGGGACAGUGGCUGCGCUCUUACCUUGAAGCCUACAAAGAAUAUAAGGGCUUUGGAGCUGAAGUGACUGGAAAAGAAGUAGAAGUUCUUUUCAUUCAAGUCAAUCAAUUUGCAUUGGCAUCUCACUUCUUUUGGGGAUUGUGGGCUUUGAUUCAAGCCAAAUACUCUACUAUUGAAUUUGAUUUUCUUGGAUAUGCAAUUGUUCGUUUCAACCAGUACUUCAAAAUGAAGCCCGAGGUUACUGCAUUAAAAGUGCCCGAGUAAAAAGGAGAUUUAAUUAUUCUCAAACAUUUGAGCAAUCCUAAUGGAUCUUUUCUUAAAGAAACUCUGUAAAGCCAAUAUUUGUUACAAUUCUGUUACUUAAUUUGGUUAUCUUGCUUUAUAAAUUAUGCCUUUCAACAACCAAUCUACUUUUUAAAUAGACUGAAUGAUGUCAAGAAACAUACCCACCGCUGUCAGUAUGUAGUAGACCAGAAAUUUGUUAAAUCUACAAAAAGCUAUAAAGAUGUCAAUUUCAUCCUUUCUUGUAAAACUAAUAUAUGUUACAUGUGAAUUUGUUUAUUAUAAACUCAACAUUCUGUGGCCAUUUUCAUCUAUUGAGUAUAAGCAGUGUAAAUGCUGUAGAGUACCAAUAAUAAUUUUUUCUUUUAAGUUUUACUUUAAUAUGAUCAACUUUAGUAAACAGUUUAGAUAUUCAGUGUCAACAUCAAAAUUGUUGCACUGUGAGUAAAAUGAAUCAUUUACACUUGAAAUGGCAUUUACUGGUGUAGAUAACUUUUGGCUGUUCAUAUAAAGAUACCAGUUUAGGAGGGUCAGAUAAGUUCAUCUAUGUUGAUGCUUCAUCUUUUUGCAUUAAGUAUUGGAAACUAUUUCUUUUUGGUUGUCUUAUAAGUAAAUUCUCUCCCUGCAUAGUUUGGCAUCAGAAAUAUUAAUGUGUAUCAAUCAUAUAAUCCUAGAAUAGCUAUAACGAUUCAAUGUUACUACAAUUUGUUUCAAGUAAUAUUUUCAUAUGCUAAAUAUGAUCAUCUAAAGUAUUAGUUUUUGUUUUUUAAAUUUUAUCACACCAAAUUGUUUCUAACCAACAUUCUGCUUUUCUUGAGAUCUUUUAUAUUUUAUUUUAAACAAAUAGCUAGUACAACAGUUGUAAUUUCUGAAGAAGAAAAAAUUCAAUUCUUGUUUCCUUUCCAAUUUCAUUCCUUGUAUUUGUUUCAGUUUGAUCCCAUGUCUUUAGAUGAAUAGUAAAUGAUUGCUUGGUACCUGUGAUAUGUUGAAGUUGUUAAAGGAGCAAUCAAAGAACAUUUAGGACACUGAUCUUAUACACUUAUAAAGUCUGACAUACUAAAAUGUGAACUAAGCAGAAAUCCUCCUGCUAGGAGGAUUUUUGUUUUGUUUUGUCUUGUUUUAAUUUAAGUGUAUUUUAAAUUUUGUUUGGAGUUAGGCAAUUACAUGGAAGGAACUUGGAUAUUUGGGAUGGAUACAUAGGCUUCAAGUUUUGAAGCUUAUUGUGUGGGAUUGAGCAGUCAUGGUAAUUUUACUUUAAAAGUUAAUCGGACAAACUUUGCCCUUUGGUCACAUAAGUGCCCAUGUACAAAGUUGGCUGAAUGGAUCUGCAUAUUCAAAAUAUGCAACUACAAAUUUAUCCUCUGAGAAAUCUUAUGGGGAGUGUGAUGGAUUAUUUCAAAUGAAUUAUCAUAUCCUCAAACAAAUGCUUUAAGACACUUAGAUUAUUUCAAGAUGUUUAAAGCUAAUAAGUAGAAACACUUAAAGGCUGUUUUAAAAUGGUAAAUUCUAGUUAGGAAAUACAAACGUUAAGUCUGUUUGUAUCUAUAACAGUGUUUGACCAUGGUUUGUUUUCUACCUCCCCAAUGUUAUAAAUGUUCACUUUUGUUUUUUAAACUAUUUCUAUAGGAUCAGUAGAAUUUUGUCCAGUUGACUAAGCAGAUAGAACCAAUUUAACAAUUAAUAGCUUUUUUAAUGUGAAGGUGAAUGUUAAAUACUGAUUUUGAUGUAAUUUUCAUUUAUGGUUGGAAUAUGUUCGUAGAAGAUAUAACAUACUCUUGAAUUUUUUUAUUUCUUGAAAUGUAACAGUAUAUAUAAGUAAUGGAGUAUUAUGGGAACAAAGAAGAUAGUUUAUCUUCCUCCAUAAUCUUACUUCAAACUAUUUUGAAUCGAGAUUCACUGAGCCAAUGCUAGUAGACUGUGCAGAGUUUCUAGCUGUGACACUGUGUGAAAGCAACUUCAGAGUGAUUUGUAUCGAGGUGACUGUAAUGGGGAAUAUGGGCCUACUUCAGCCCCAGGAGUCUACAGUGGGGCUGACGUGAUAUGAAGAUAUGAAGUGAGCUUUUUAGUAUUUUGCCUCCACACUUUGGCAAGGUUUUAAGUGUUUUGAUACUUCUGAAUCGGCUUUGGGGAUGAUGGUGCAGGCUAGUAAUAGGGGCUCAAAAUUGCUUCCCUUUCUAUUGCCCAUUUGAGAGAUUUUAAAGGAAGGUAAAUCUCAACAAUCUCAAAACGGUCUCCUAAAAUUUGUUUUGUGGCUUGCUGAGAUGUCUGUUGCCUUUUUACAUUAAGCUGAGGAACUUAAAUGCCUUACCUAAUAACUCAAUUGGUAGUAAGCCCAUUUUGUAAAUAUUAAUAGAGAAGUGGCAUCCAUGUAUAUUCAAUGUUAGCCAGUAGACCAUAGUGGCCUGGAUGCUAUAACAAGCAGAAUUUAAUGCCCCAUCCCUCUUUUUCUUUACAUACUUGUAUGAUCUUACUUGACCAGUGAUAUCUAAUUGCUCCCCCCACCCUCCUGCCCUAAUUCUAAUCCUAUGCUACUUCCACAUUCUGAAAAUCAAGAUGUGGUCAUAAGUCAUACUGGUCACAUGGUCAUCUGAGAUCAAUAUGAGCACAAAACUCAACUGUGUCUGCCUAGAGUGUAUAUAAAACAGUGUAAAUAAAAACUUGUAAAUUAGUGUGCAUUGUAUCUUGCAUAUGAGGUUGUGUUUUUGUUUUGUUUUGCUUUUGCAAGGAAAUGCUCUUUGGUUUUGGACUGGAAAUAGCCAACAGUUUUGGCUGCCCAGUGGAAUAAUAAAGAAACUGGGAAAUAGGGUUUAUCAAUUUUUGUGUAGAUGUCAGCACUUAUCUGUUAACCUCUCAGUGCCUAAUAAUAACAACUUUUUCCAGUUCUUCAGUUGGCCAUUAGUAUUUGUGAGCUUAGGUCCCUUCAAAAAUAGCGAAUUAAUAUACUGUUACAUUAAUAGAGCUCCAUUCUUAAGAGUUAUGAUUCUAAGGUAAAACAAAUUUAAAAUGUAAUUUAAUGAUUGACAAUUGAAGUAUUAUCUUUUCCUAUUUCUAGUUUUGUUAAAAGUUAUUUUAAAUAAAUAAAAAACAAAUGUCAAACCUUAAAUUUUAUAUUUAAACCUGGCUCUAAAUUCCAUGCACACACAAGGUAGGAUAAGUUAUAGUUUAACUUAUAAAUAAUAGUUCACCUUAAGUGUAUUUUAGUUGUCUUCUCUAAAUGGAGUUGUUCAUUAUGAAAAUUAGAAAGACAAAAGAUACAAGUAAUCUCUUAAUGGGCAACCAUUUUCAUUUUAGUUGAAUUAAAAACCAUUUGUUUUUAGCUUAAUUUUAUGUUCGUAAGUAUAAAUUAACAAACAUUUCAGAUUUCAUGAAUUUUUCCCCCUUAAAUACUCUUAAUUAGAAGUUAGAAACUCUACUUCUUAAAUUAUGAACAUUUCUUUUUAGAUCAUAUAUAAACCUGUAACAUUCUAUGAAUUCCUUAGUUUUGUAAUAUAAAUUAGAAUAUUAUCUAAUAGCUUGAUUUUCUGCUUUAAAUUUCUUUUAAUAGCAUUUUGUACUGUAUCCCAAAGUGUUAGAGAUUUAAGCUUUUAAUAUUGGUCAUUCGGUUAAUAGAAAAACCUAAAAAUGCUUUAUGCAAUGAGGAGGCUUUUCAAUGGCAACAACUUGUACUAAUUUACAGAAAAAAAGGCAAAUGCACAGAGGAAAAAGAAUUAAGUCUGCUGUAAAGCAGCUUUCCGGUAUUUAAAACUUGAUUCGCUUUGACUGCCUCUUCUUCUCAUCAUGAGAUCAUAGAAUGUCCUUUGACUGGAAACUUAGUCAUAGAGUAACUAAUUUACACAUUUGCUUUUUAAAUUUAUUAAGAAGACAUUUGUUAUAUUGCACCUCCCCUAUCAUCCCCAUCACAUACCAUUAAUGUGAUUACAGUGUUAUGUCUUGGAUUUAAUGUCUUUGGACAGAAAAGUGUAUCAGCUAUUUUAAAGGAAUUUCCCCCCAUCUUUGAAGCUGCCUUUAUAAAUGUUUAACUAUCAAACAAAAUACUGUGGUUUGUGUUACAAGUGGAAUAUUGGUACAUCUUUUUUCUGAAGUUAAUGGUAUGUUGAAAAAUGAAAUCUGGCAACGUUUUUGUUCUAAUGCCAUGCACUUGAAAACUGAAAUUAAUAAGAACCGUACAGCCUCGCUUAGAUUUUUCUGAACAGAUUUUUCGCCACAUAUUACUUUGGAUCAUAAUUUUAGAUGGAUAGAUUAAACAUUUUCCGGAGAUUUGGACUAUUUCAAUAAAUAAAAUGACAAUGCUAUUAGAAAUCACACUUUUAUGUUUGAGAGAUCCACAAUUCAAGUUGUUAGUCGGUUUUUGUCUUGAAAUCUGUUUCUUCUUCUUUCCUGUACUUUUUGUAGUGUACCUACUGAACUACUAUAAACUUUCAGAGUUAAGAUAACAUUUUACCUGAGUUCAAUCUGAAUGUAUAGCUUUUUCCAGGUAAGAAAAAAAAACAACCAAACCCUAAAAUAAAUUUACACUUCCUUAUGUUUACAUCUUCUCCAUUAAUGUGUAUUAUGAAAAUCAUCAAUUAUUUGCUAAAUUACUGAUAAAACGUUUGUCAAAACUGACAGCAUUAUAUAUUGUAUUUGAACUAGUUAAUGUUGAAGAAAAAUAAGGCAAAGCCAACUGAUUUGAAUUGUAGAUGUCCUGUUAACUAGAGAUAUAAAAUUUUUUCAUAAAUGGAUUUCUGCCGAUUCUGUGGUAUCCAUUGUAAAUUAACUUUUGUGAACUAAAAAAAGACCUCCAUGAAGCUGUGGAGAAGAUGACAGUGUAUAGUUGCCGUAAUUGUGGUUGUGUGCUGCUACUACUUAAAUGUAGGUAGGGACACACUGAAAUUCUUACUAUCCAGUAAUCUGAAGUGGUUUCAUGUACUUAUCUGUGUACUAAAAACUCAAGUUGAUGGACACUGCAAAGAGGAAAUUUUUGGCUGCUCUGUAAUUUAGGAACCUUUGUACAACUAGGUCAGUUUACAUGAUAUAUGAAGUAAUUGACUUUCAAAAUAUACUGUUAUUUUCAAGAAAAAGAUGUGGCAUUACUCCAUAUACUUAAAUUAUAAUUUUUUACUCAGUUUCAGUAGAAAAAGCCCACACCAACCCAUUGCAUUAACAGUAUGUUGUAUUGGGCAAUUGUUGCAUAAAGCUUAAAUUUGUGUUAUCAAAUGUGAACCAUAGUAGUAUAAUGCUGCUUUGUAAAUACUGUAAGUGCUACAAAUAGUCUCAGCACUGAAAAUGUAUUGAUACCUCUCAAAUGAAUGCAACUUUUGAUGUAGGUGUUUUGAUGUGCUCAGAAAGUAUCUGGGUGUCUGAGAACUUGUUAAUCUGUUUGGUAAUGAAGAUACUUCCUGUUUUUUGUUGCCCAUUUUCAUGUUUCUAAUUUUUACUACUGUUAAUUUAAUUAAAAUUUGUGGACAAAAUGGGGUUGUUUGUGAAGAAGACUUAAAAACCUCAUUCACCUAACUGCUUCAUUGAAAAUACAUGUUUGCUCUAUGUUUGUAAACUCUUUUGGGGAACAUUUCCUUGUGUUUUAGGUGAAUGCUCACAAACUUUUAAUGACACUGUUUAUAUUUCUGUUUAUAUAAGUGAAGCGUAGGCUUUAUUUCUGUUUAAUAAGGCCUUUUAUCAUCGAUUAAAUUGAAGGGAAUGUAUCAUUUUGAAGAAGUUUAUAUUCUGUAAAUAAAAAUUGGCUGUAACAAUAAAGUUGGGUUCUAACUCUA